CGUGGAAGCAGUGCACCUCCCGCAGGGCGGACGGCCGGCUGCAGAAGUCGUGGGCCGCAAUUGGUGGCAGCAGCAGCGCACCAGGCAGCAAGGUGUAGACAACGUGCUGCGGCGGUGCCCAGCAGCCCUCCACACUCGGUGCAGACUCUCCCCGUGGGAACGAGUGCUGAAAGGAUUCAGACCACUGGGGUUGGGAGACCAGCUCCUGCUUCCCCAGGGCUGAGGAUGGCGAGGCCGCCUGUCAUCUCCAGCCCUCCUCGGUGCUCCUGGGGCUGAGGAGGGCUGGUUGCCAUGAGGCUGGGCCAGCCCCAGGCCUGGCUGCGGGGCCUGUCCACCGCUGUGGUCUAUGGCUCCCUGGCCCUCUUCACCUCUGUCCUGCACAAUGUGUUCCUCCUUUACUAUGUGGACACCUUUGUCUCGGUGUAUAAGAUCAACAAAACAGCCUUCUGGGUUGGAGAGACAGUGUUUCUCCUCUGGAACAGCCUCAACGAUCCUCUCUUCGGUUGGCUCAGCGACCACCGGUUCCUCAGCUCUCAGCCUCGGUCAGGCGCUGGGUUCUCCUCACGGGCUGUGGUGCUGGCCCGGGUGCAGGCGCUGGGCCGGCAUGGGCCGCUGCUGGCACUCUCAUUCCUGGCAUUCUGGGUGCCCUGGGCCCCCGCUGGCCUGCAGUUCCUGCUGUGCCUGUGCCUCUAUGACGGCUUCCUGACGCUCGUGGACCUGCAGCAUCACGCUUUGCUGGCUGACCUGGCCCUCUCAGCCCACGACCGCACCCACCUCAACUUCUACUGCUCCCUCUUCAGUGCUGCUGGCUCCCUGUCUGUCUUUGCCUCCUAUGCGUUUUGGAACAAGGAGGAUUUCUCUUUCUUCCGCACCUUCUGUGUGGCACUGGCUGUUGGCUCUGCGCUGGGCUUUCUGGGGGCCACACAACUGCUGAGGCAGCGGGUUGAGGAAGCCAGAAGGGACACAGGGUGCUCAGCCCUGGCCGGGGAUGGCGGAGAGGAGCUGCUAUUUGGUGGUGAAGAAGCAGGCAGUGUCACCUUGGGCCAGUACCUCCGGCAGCUGGUACGCCACCAAAACUUCCUGUGGUUCGUGGGCAUGGAUCUGGUGCAGGUGUUUCACUGCCACUUCAAUAGCAACUUCUUCCCCCUCUUCCUGGAGCACCUGCUGUCGGACCACAUCUCUUUGUCCACUGGCUCCUUCCUGUUGGGCAUCUCCUAUGUUGCUCCUCAUCUGAACAACCUCUACUUCCUGCCCUUGUGCCGGCGCUGGGGCGUCUAUGCUGUGGUGCGGGGGCUCUUCUUGCUGAAGCUGGGUCUUAGCCUGCUCAUGCUGCUAGCUGGCCCGGAUCACCCAGGCCUGCUUUGCUUCUUCAUUGCCAGUAACCGUGUCUUCACGGAGGGCACCUGUAAGCUGCUGACACUGGUGGUCACGGACCUGGUAGAUGAGGACCUGGUGCUGAAUCACCGCAAACAGGCAGCCUCAGCGCUCCUCUUUGGCAUGGUUGCCUUGGUGACCAAGCCAGGCCAGACCUUUGCCCCGCUGCUGGGCACCUGGCUUCUCUGCUUCUACACAGGUCAUGACCUCUUCCAGCAGCCUCCAGUGAUCUCUGUGGGCAGCACCCAGCCUUGGCCAGAGCCGCCAGCUCCUGCCCCAGCGCAGGCCCCAACACUGCGCCAGGGCUGCUUCUACCUGCUGGUGCUGGUGCCCAUCACCUGUGCGCUCCUUCAGCUCCUCACCUGGUCCCAGUUCACGCUGCAUGGGCGGCGCCUGCACAUGGUCAAGGCCCAGCGCCAGAGCCUGGCACAGGUCCAAACUCUGGACAUUAAGACCGUGUGAGCAGCGUGGUGAGGCCACCCUGCUGGGGACACUGCCCAGCCCUUCUCUUGAUGGUGGAUGGGUGCUCCUGGAGCAGAGCUAGGAAUAUCACUGAGGCCUGCCUGGCUUCGAUAGCCCAGGGUCGGGUGGUCUGUGCUCAGGGACUUACCCUUCCUGAGUGGCAGAACAAAAUGGCCAUCAACAGGGAUGGGGCUGAGUGAGGCACCCAUGAGGCUGCACCCUUUGGCUGGGUCCUAAAGCCUGUGCCACUGCAUGUUGUGUUGGCCACUCUGGUGGCCUCAGGAGCCACUUCUGGUACUGCAACUGCUCCCUUUGCCUGGUCAGGGGCAGCUGUGUCACCCACUGUCUCCAUCCUUCCAGCAGGCUCUCAGAUGUCCCUUGCCCUUGCGCCUCUAAAAAGGCACUUUUCUUACAGAGUGAUUAAAGCCAGUCGUUCCUAGCUCUCAGGUCUGUGCUGUGUGAGUAGUAGGCUAGUAAACAAGGUUCCUCACUGAGAGCUGGGUGUGGUGGCACAGCCUUCUAGCUCCAGCACUCAGAGGCUGAGGCAGGAAGACUGCUGCAAGUUGGAGGCCAGCCUGGACUACACAUACUAACAUGUCUCAGAAAAACAAACAGAAAGCAUUCCUCUCUGAGCAGGAGUACCCUGCGAGCAGUUUUCUAGAGUGGUGGUCCCUGGUGUCAAAAACUGAAGUACCAGGAUAGGAAUGCAGGCUUCUGGGUGUGCAGGUGGCACUCAGGCCUGAAACCUACUGCACAGUGUGUUCCCCACACGGCUGCUAGACAGUCAUUGAAGAGGACCCUUGUGAAGUCACAGGCUCCCAGGGCAGGACCCCCAGAGCACUUCCGGAGGAGUUGUUCCCCUAGAUUCAAGCUUACUGAGUAGGGGGUGUAGCCUGAACACUGGAGUCUUGAAAACCAGCGUGCGUAGCCUAAGUGUCUCAGCCCAGCCCUAGAGCACUGUGGGCAGAGAACCCUGUGAUGUUUAACAGUGUUUUGUGACAUUGUCUCACUGUGUAGCCCAGGGUGGCCUUGAUCCUGCAGUGAUCCUCCUACCCCACCUCCCCAAGUGCUGGAAUUAAACGGAUGCAGUACCA